AGGACUACAGUGUGUCGAAGAACUGAUGCCGUUAUCAAAAAUGAUAAGUACGAAUGGCAGUCUGAUUUUAAAACAUCACACAGCUUCAGACAUCCAGAGUAACCUCUCUUCGAAGAGGGCCAUGGAGGGUUCCAUGGAGAAUCCUUAUCAUUUCAGUAGUGGAGCUGGCACUGACCUGAGAUGGGGAAACCAGAGAGCAGAAUCUCCAGAUCCCAGCUGUAUGUCUAUGAAAAGUGACAGCUCCAAGCUUUUCCCUCUGAGGAGGGAAGAUGAACUACAAGAUCAGUCCAGGUGUGGAGUGUGUGAGCAGCUUCUGACAGAUCCAGUCUCCAUCAGCUGUGGACACAGGUUCUGCAGACAGUGUAUCAGCAGCUACUGGGACCAGUCUUCUUCAUCAGGAGGGUUUGGCUGUCCACAGUGCAGAAAGAGACCUAGAACCCGUCCUCUUCUACACCCACACAAAGACAUGGAAGAGGCCAUGCAGCACGACUGUCACACUCCAGUGCAUGAUGUACUGCAUAGAGUCUUACACACCCACAAAACCAGCAUGAAGAACAAGUAUGAGAGCUUAUUUGAGGGAAUCAAUACACAAGAGAAUAAAACCCUCUUGAACCAGAUUUACACACAGCUCUACAUCAUAGAGGGAGAGAGUGAAAGUGUGGAUGAGGAACAUGAGGUUUUACAGAUGGAGAAAACACUCAGGAAACAACUGUUACAAGACAUUCCAAUCAACUGCUCUGACAUCUUUAAAGCUGUACAAGAUCCUAAAAAAGAAAUGGAAGAAGAGAACAUUAGAGCUGUGAUGGCUGAAGGUGUCAGACACACAGAAGAAAAAGAAGAUAAAGGACCAGAAAUGCCAAAGCUCAGAACGGUUCUGACUAAAGGAAUUGCAGGAAUUGGGAAAACUGUCUCUGUGCAGAAAUUCAUUCUUGAUUGGGCUGAGGGAAAAUCCAAUCAGGAUGUAGAUUUCAUGUUUGUGCUUCCAUUCAGGGAGCUGAACUUGAUUAAAGAUGAGCAGUACAGUCUUCAUACACUUCUGUGUAACUUCCAUCCUGAGAUCAAAGAUCUUGCCUUAAGGACAUAUGAUACACACAAAUGUGUGUUCGUUUUUGAUGGUUUAGACGAAAGCACAAUUCCACUGAACUUUCUAGAGUGUGAGAAUAUAUUUAACAUUACCACGAUAUCAUCAGUGAAUGUGUUGAUCACAAACCUCUUCAAAGGAGAGUUGCUUUCCUCUGCUCUCAUCUGGAUAACCUCCCGACCAGCAGGAACCAGUCAAAUCCCUCCUCAGUACAUAAACCGUUUGACAGAAAUUCAGGGAUUCACUGAUGCACAGAAGGAGGAGUACUUCAGGAAAAGAAUCGGUGAUCAAGACCAAGCCAAGAAAAUCAUCUUGCACAUUAAGAGAGUAAAGAGCCUCCACAUCAUGUGCCACAUACCGGUCUUCUGUUGGAUCUCAGCCACGGUGCUUCAGAAAAUCAUUAAAAAAAAUAAUGAUACAGAAAUCCCUAAAACUCUGACUGAGAUGUAUAUACACUUUAUGUGGACUCAGUUACACACGAAGAAUGCAAAGUACAAAGAGAAAAACGAGAGAGAUCUAAAAACCCUUCUGGAAUCCAGCAGAACUUUGAUUCUGAAACUAGCUGAACUGGCUUUUAAGCAGUUGAUGAAGGGCAAUGUACUAUUCUAUGAAGAAGACCUAAGAGAGUGUGGCAUUGAUGUCACUGAGGCCUCUGUGUACUCUGGGAUUUGCACUGAGAUAUUUAGAGAGGAAUCUGUGCUCUACCAGACGAAGGUCUACUGCUUUGUGCAUCUGAGCUUUCAGGAGUUCCUGGCUGCUUUCUAUGUGUUUCAAUGCUGUGUGAAUAAGGACAUUGAGUCACUGCAGUUUUUUAUGCCUCAGCAUUGGGGCUGGUACAGAAACCGGUCUGAGAAUGUUCUACUGGAGGACCUGCUGGAAGGAGCAGUGGACAAAGCCUUGAAGAGUCAAAAUGGACACCUGGAUCUUUUCCUCCGGUUCCUGCUGGGCAUCACACUGGAGACCAAUCAGAGACUCCUACAAGGCCUACUGAUACAGUCACAGAACAGUUCAAAGAGCAUCAACAAGGCAGUCCAGUACAUCAAAAAACAAAUAAAAACAGAAAGCAUUCUUACGGAGAAAUCCAACAAUCUCUUCCUCUGUCUGACUGAAAUACAUGACCAGUCCCUCUCCAGGGAGAUUCAGCAAUAUCUACAAUCAGAUAAAGAAUCCCAAAGCAAGCUCUCUCCUGGACUGUGUUCAGCUAUAGCUUUCUUAAUGCAGAUGUCAGAGGAAGUGCUGGAUGAGGUGGACCUGAAGAAAUUCAAUACAUCAGAGGAGGGUUACAGGAGACUGAUACCAGCUGUGUACAACUGCAGAAAAGCUCUACUAGAUGGCUAUAAUCUCACCACAGACUGCAUUGAAACUCUCUCCUACACUUUGAUGUCUCCAAACUACCCCCUGCGAGAACUGCAACUGAGUAACAAUAACCUAAAAGAUUCAGAAUUGGAGCUGCUCUGUUCUGGACUUAAGAGUUGCCACUGUAAACUGGAGAUACUCAGGCUACCUAUCUGUAAUCUUGGGGAAAAGACUUGUGAAAAUUUGGGAUCAUCUUUGCAACUGACAAACUCAAUCUUGAGAGAACUGGACCUUACUAACAAUGAUCUGCAUGAUUCAGGAGUGACACUGCUCUCUGCUGGACUGAAGAGUUCACAUUGUAAACUGGAGAUACUCAGAUUGUCUGGUUGUUUGGUCACAGGGGAAGGCUGUUCUUCUCUGGCUUCAGCCCUGAGUUUAAACCCCUCACAUCUAAAAGAACUAGAUCUGACCUAUAACCACCCAGGAGACUCAGGAAUGAAGCUGCUUUCUGCUAGACUGGAAGAUCCACUCUGCAAACUGGACACACUUAAGAUGGAACAUGCAGGGAUGAUCAGAAUCAAAGCAGGCUUUAAAAAAUACGCAUGUGUGCUCACACUGGAUCCAAACACAACACACCCCCAUCUCCAUAUGUCUGAGGGAAACCGCAAGGUGACAUGGAUGGAGGAGCAGCAGUCAUAUCCUGAUCAUUCAGAGAGAUUUGAUGGCUGUGAGCAGGUGCUGUGUAGAGAGACUGUGUCUGGACGCUGUUACUGGGAAGCAGAGUGGAGGGGGAGUGGAGAGUCUGUUGUAGCAGUGGCAUAUAAAGGAAUCAACUCAAAAGGAGGCAGUGCUGACUGUGCAUUUGGAUACAAUGACAAGUCCUGGUGUCUCAUCUGCUCUAAUGAGCGUUACAUUGCCAGGCAUAAUAAGAAUCACACUUUCUUACCUGUCCUUACCUCCAGGUCCAACAGAGUAGGAGUGUAUCUGGACUGGCCGUCAGGCACUCUGUCCUUUUACAAUGUUUCCUUGGACACAAAUACAUUGACCCAUUUAUAUACAUUCCACUCCACAUUCACUGAGCCCCUCUAUGCAGGGUUUGGGUUUUGGGCUGUGUCUUCUGGUACCUCAGUGCGAGUGAGAUAGAAUAUCUUGUGUUGUGCAGGGAAAUAUCAGAAAAACCUUACUUUAUAUUGUGGACAUCUUGUAUCAGCAGUAUUCAAAAUUCAAUAUUUUUCAAGACUGAAUUUUUCAGACUACUUAGUAGAUAUGUCAGACAAUAUUUCACUUCUGAGUAGAAAUAUCUAGAUGUUUAUUAUAUAAAUAAGUGGUUUUAAAAUUCAGCCAUUAGCAUGUAAGUGACACACUCUAGGCUACACCCAGCAACGCGCGCACACACACAAACACACACACACUCCCUUUCGGUUUUCACAAAGUUUACUGCCUCAGUUGUUUUGUCCGAUAUUUAUAUGAUAUAGUGAAGUACAAUUAUAAGCAUUUCAUACGUUUUUAUAAAAAUGUUUUUAUUGACAAAUAUAUCUAGUUUAA